UUUGUUUCAUGGCAAUUAGAUUACGAGCCCCAAAGUUAAGGUGCCAAUCCGGGAAAGCACCAGGUCGUUUCGCCCUAAUGGGCUCGUUAGUGGUGCGCAUUCGCUCGCUCCAUAUGAUGUUUGUACCGUCGCACCCUUGCAUGAAAUAGCUAUGUUUGGCACCCUCACUUGUUCACAGCUGGAUAGGAGAUUGUCUUUCUCUUCUGGUCCGUUUCCAACAGAUACGUUUGACGUACUCAUCGUUUCUGUUUCGUAAAUUCCAUUGUAUAUCCUUGUCUUCCACAGUAUCGUGUGUUAAUUGUUUUUCUUUUAUCUCACUUGUUAUUAGGCCACCGAUUGUGAAAGUCGUUUUGAAUCCGAUGAAGCGUUAAAGUUUUACAAUCGGGCUCUGAAGCGCCUCGAGCAGGAGCGCACAGUGAAUUCGUCAACGGGAACUGUUGCGCCCGAUACGAAGUACUAUAAAGUUCUACAGUCAUCCGCUUUCAAUCUGCUGGAACUGGGACGAACGGGCAAAGCGAAGGAGCGUCUCUUGAAGCUGCUCGAGGUCCAAAAGGAAGUUGACUAUGAGGUGUUCAUGUAUCUGGGCCAAUUGACAGAAGGAAGCGAGUCCCUCAACUACUACAGACAAGGCCUGGAAGUUUUACGAAAAAUGUCAAGUGAUCAAUCUUGCCUGACCACUUCUCAGAGCAAUCCUAAUCGGACUGCUGAGUCCCUUCAACGUGCUGAGUCGAAUGGCUUUUGUGCGAUCGCGGAGCUGUACAUGACUGAUUUGUGUGAUCUUCCGGAAGCACAAUCCGAGUGUAAGGCUGCAUUUGAAGGAGCAAUUCAGACAGAUCCGAGCAAUCCACAAGCAUGGUUAGUGGCAGCUAACUUUUACACGGUCACAGCGAACACAGAGGCCGCUCGUGAAGCAAUUCAACGCUGUCUCGAUCUGUGGUGGCCAAAGCUUGAAAACAUGCUCAACGAGGAAUCGACAGAUGCAGCUAAUGCAGCCUCCACUGAUGUAUCCGCACUUGUCAAUGGGUCCGCGAUUGACACUGACACAACGACGAUCGAAGAGCCCCUUGGGCGCGUCAACAGUCUAAUCCUUGCUAUCGCUGAAGUGUUUUGGCCACAUUCCGUCUCGUCAAGACUAUCUAAACAUGUGCCGAUCCAUCAGAGCUCCCCAUCUCACGCAGUAUCUUCGAGCGUGGGAAAAUCUUCUGCGACAAAAUCCACAUCGGAAUCGGAUGGGCCUCAUGAGUCUUCCCCCUCCGCAGAGGAUGCUAAUUUAGUGAGUACAACUACUUCGGAAGGUGUCGAAGCAGAGAGUGAGAAGCCAGCGUCAACUGCAGAAACUCGUUCUGCUUCUCCAAGUAACCCUCUUCCUGAGCCGGAACAGGUUGAGAACACAAGCGACGCGACUCCUUCAUCCACGAAUGAAGUGCCCUCCUCGAAUGGCUCUAUUCACCCAGACAUUGGCGGAACACAUGCCGAGAACGACCCGUCGACAUCUCAACAGUCCCCAGAUACUUCCGAGAACGACUCAUCGGAAAAACCUGCUAAGCUGUCUGACAAUACCUGUAGCGGCCCACCGAGAAGUUUCCCCAUGAACAAUCGUGAUCUGGCCUUUGCUACUGCGGUUCAGCAAUCUUUGGUAGCCACGGUCAGUCCUGCGGCGUGGCUGGCAACCUCCGGUGUACUCUACAUGCGUGUGUCUUCUAACGAAGCUGGUCUUUUAAUCGGGGCAGGUGGAUACCGCAUUCACCAACUUAUGCAGUCGACUGGUGCGGAAAUUCACAUCGGCAAGACCCCUAUACACGAACCUUAUGCGCUCAACCAAGCCAAUCGGAAGGCACCUGGGUCAUAUCCGGAUAAGGCAGUAUCCAGUUUGAAUACUCCCACGACCCCUUCAGAGGUGCCUCCUGAGAGUAGUGUUCCGGUCUCCAAUGAGUCACCUUCAUUGACUGAUGAAACUAGUCAGCAACACGAACCUUCUGAUUAUCCUUCAUUGGGUUCGUUCGUCACAGGCGACUCAAACGGACUCGUUUAUCCAGGGGACAACGCGGUUGACUCGUCUAGCGUUCACUCUUCCACCGACACAUCCGAACAGCACUACACCAGUGAACCUGGCCUGUCCACCAUUGCUCAUACGGGCGCUGACAAUUCGGAUAGCCCUUUGGCUGAAUUAUUGGAAGACGCGGCUACGAACAGCGUAACCGGUGAUACAGUCGAAUCGCAAACUUUAAAAGCGACCCCUCCCGCCUCUCCAGAUUCACUGAAACCGACGCCUCCUCCCCACUCAACAGCUGGCUCUUACCGUUUAGUAUCCUUAUCCGGCCCUCUUCAAGCUCAGUUGCUGGCUCAGUGGAGAAUUUUUCAACGACUCAAGGCAUUACAUCAGAAGAACCAUGCGGAAGUCGAAAAUGCGGACUCAACUGAAGGUCAUGCGAAGCCUGCGGGUUCUUCGCCUUCUACCCCAUUCCGAUUGGCCACCCUGGUCUGCCUCCCUUAUCGGUUCCUUUGCUGGUUGACUUCCAGUAAUUCCGGCUUCGCCGACUUCAUGUGCACAACUUCCUCUUCUCCGACAUUGUCCUCGACACAUCCUACCAUCUUGCAUGCUGAAUCAUCGUCACCCUUGAGUUGGUUACAAGCACAAGCGGCUCUGCGGAUGCGACACUCGACAGAGACCCAACCGGCAAUUGAAAAGGCCAUUCACAUAUUGCCCGAACCAAGGCGCCGUCGGCGGUUGCUACAAUUGCAACUUCGUCGAUCGGGUACAACUCGCAGGGGUCAAUCAGCUACGCACUUCAACCGGCAUAUUGUCCUGCCGUCCGUCGGUCUCGCUAACGAUGGUCUCGAUUUAUUGUGGGCAGAUCCUAAUAGGAUUCCGAUGGAAAUUUACGCGGACCACGAGACAACUCAGCUUGUUUUGGCGCACCUGCAUCACAUGUUGGCUUUGUGGUUGUAUGGACAAGCAUUAGCCAACUUGACUGGCUUCGGCAUAAAUCAGGCAUUGUCCCUCUACAUGGUUCCCCCCUCUUUGAUGCGUCCACAUUCGCUUAACCAGCCUGGAAGGUUGGUUGAUUCACGCGCAGUGGAGGCUACGACAGGACCGCCGCCGAUGCCCUCCAUCGGGGCACUGGGAGAUUGGACUCCACAUUGGCCUCGGUCACCAAGCCCCUUGGAUACUUUCAUGCGAUUCCAUCCAGCUAUGCAUCCGUCACAGAUGAACCGAUUUCCAACUCACUACGGCCGACUCCAAAGAAUUCGCAUGCCUGGCUUCGGAAACAGAUGGCGAACACCUCAGAACGAUCCCUCCGUCGCACAUCAUGAUCCUUCCGGUUUGGAACGCAUGGUAACUUAUCCCUCCGCUAACCACAUGCGACCGUUUGCCGCCACUCACCCGUACACUGCAUCCGCGUUCGCUCCAUUUCCUGGUUGCGCACCUCAGGACACGCUUUUGGCACAAACCCAUGGGAUCUGUGUACCAUCGCCCGAGUCCUUCCCUCGGACAGCUGCUAAUCUCAUGCCCCAAUGCAGCGGCUCCCAAUUCGAACCUUCUUGGCACACCCUACCACCGUCUUCUCAGUCGCACUUCGGUUGGGAUCAAACGUCUUAUUUGAGCAGACUGACAUAUGAGUCAUCGCGACGUCAUCCGCCGACGCGAUCGAAUCGGAAGUCUACAAACGCGAGCGAACCCCCAGCGUCCAGUGCAUCCAAGCAUUCUGUUUCCACCAACGCGGACAAGGAGUCUUCCGUCGAUCCUGACAUUUCAAGCUAG